AUGGAGACAGCUAUCAAGAAACAAGCGAUACCUGAAACAAGUAAGCCUGGAGAAGAUGAAGUUACUGUCAUGCAGGAAUGGGAUUCAAAGGAGGAAAGCAGGAUUGUCCGAAAAUUGGACUUCUUCCUGAUGCCAAUCCUGGUUGCAGGCUUCUUCGUGCUUCAGCUUGAUCGCUCCAACAUCGGCAACGCUCUCACAUCAACGCUUACCAAAGAUCUUGGUAUCACCAGGGACGAAGUAAACGCUGGUAACCAGUUACAAAUUGCAGCCAUCGUGAUUUUUGAAAUUCCGUCGAAUAUCAUCCUGCAGCGCGUGGGAGCCUCGGUCUGGAUCACAUUUUUGGCUUUUGCGUGGGGAAUUAUAGCGACUCUUCAAGCUUUCUGCACAAACAAGGGGUCUUUUUAUGCAACAAGAUUUCUCCUGGGCGCCUUUGAAGCAGGCUAUAUACCAGGCUGUCAAUACAUUCUGGCACUGUUCUACAGGCGAACCGAACUCGCUCAACGCACCGCAAUCUUUUACGUUGGAAACUAUCUGGCUGCCGGCACCGGUUCGCUGAUGGCUGCUGGCAUCUUACAGCUGGAAGGUGCCAGAGGUCUUGCGGGUUGGCAAUGGAUUUUUCUAAUCGAGGGAGCUAUCACUCUGGCAGUCGCUGUCGUCAUCUUAUUUCUCCUUCCAAAGGACCCUCUGAACACAGUUGGCUUGGCCAGGAUACAAAAGCUCAAUCCCUUCACAGAUCAGAAGCGCUCAAUUCUGCACAAGAGGAUAAUUAUUGAUGAUCCACACAAAGAAGCCAAUGCCCAUGAGUGGAAGCUCAGGAACAUGCUCAAGGCGCUUGCCGAUAUUCGACUAUGGGCGCAUAUGGGUAUCAACGUGUUGUCGCUCGCUCCCAAAGGCGGCCUACAAUUGUAUUCACCAUCCAUCAUUAGAUCCCUCGGGUUCGAUUCCUCCAAAGCCAACGCCCUCAAUUCAGUCGGAAACUACGGCGUGAUCAUACUCUCGCUAUUGGUAUCCUGGAUUUCAGAUCGAACUCGGCAAAGAGGACUAUGGUGCCUCGUGGCCAGUGCGUACUCAAUGAUUUUCUCCGGAGUAUUAUUUGGUCUACCUGUCGGAUCAGCCAAGUGGACCAAGUACGGCAUGCUGAUGUUAUUAAACUCGGGCAAUGCAGUCGCCCAAGGUCUGAAUGAUGCUUGGUUGAGCAGUAACUGUAAGACUCCCCAGCAGCGGAGUAUCGGCCUGGCCAUGGUCGUAAUGGGGAGUAAUCUGGGUGGUCUGACCGGUCAACAACUCUUUAGAUCAUCUGAUGCCCCACGCUAUGUGAACGGGUUUUUGGCAAUCUUGUGUCUCUAUGCAGCAUCCAUGGUGGCCAUUUCGCUUCUCACGGGUUUAUAUUUCUUUCAGAAUCGAAAACUCGAUCGCAUGGACACUCGCCCAACUGAUGCUGAUGACAGCUUACAGACCGCAAGUCCUCAGGCGUUGGCGGAGAAAAGAUGGAGAUUUGAGAUGUAG